GAAAAUGUCAUUGAUGACAGACGUCAUCUCUUGUUUCAUUCAGUCAGUAACAAAUUCAAACUCGUUGUGGAAGCACUGAAGAAUAUUUGAGAGACAUAAAUUAUUGAAAAAUGCCCCGCCGAGGACGAUCAGCGAGUCCGCCACCGGCCCCACAGCGCAGGGCUUCGCCACCACCGAGUCGUAAUGUGCCAGCACAUGCUCCUCCAUCGAGCCCUGCACCAGCGGCAGCUGCCCAGCCUCAGCAGCCAUCCCUUUUUGGUCAAAUGGCGGCUACAGCUGGAGGAGUAGCAGUCGGAUCAGCUGUGGGCCAUAUGGCUGGUAGCGCAAUAACUGGCAUGUUCAGUGGUGGAGGCAGUAGCGAGCCUGCGCCGCAGCAACAGCCGGCAGCGCAGACGUACAACCAGUACCAGAACCAGACUCCCCAGGGCCCGUGCGCCUGGGAGAUAAAACAAUUCCUCGAGUGCGCUCAACAACAGCACGAUCUUUCCCUUUGUGAGGGCUUCAACGAGGCUCUGAGACAAUGCAAAGUUAACAACCACAUCUAAAUAAGCAUUUGGAAGGUGCUGCUGAUACAAAAAUCAUCCACUAUGAACUUUUCGUUUACAAGCUCAAUUCAAAAAUUAUGCCAUAGGAUUUCAAAUUCUGUUCAGUUUUGCAAAUUUUUUUUUAAUAUCAAGAUAUUCUCAAUUAGCUGUCAUAUGCAACACCUUCCUAGUACAUUAUACCAUCGAAUGUGAUCGUAUUGGAGGGAGGGAUGGGAGGUUAAAUGUUUUAGUAAAUGUUAGUCCUUUUAUUUUUAUUGUUUAAGACAUUGUUAUUGUGAUUUAGAAUUAAAAGCAUCUAUUAUUUCAAUUUAUCCGUUUGUUUUACGUAAUUUUUAGUGAGUUUUACAGACAAUAAACCUUAAACCCAA